UCUCUCACGCCUUUUAUGCUUCGCGUCUCGUCUUUCAAUCUUCGAGGAUUGAUUUGAUUGUACAGCAACAGUUCGUGGAGAGAGAAAAAGUUCGCCUUUUCCGAACUCGGAACGUGGGAGCAAAAAGAUGGCCCGUGCUCUGGUUCGUCACCUCCCUGGCCAAAACUUUCUGCGCGCCUCUCUCUGCCUAUGCUACCGUCAAUUGUCCACGCCAACCUCGACCCGCCCGGCAACCAGUCGCCAUCAGCAGCGCAUCUAAUUUUCGUCUCACCUCCCCUUCAAACUUCUUAAUACUCUUGCAUUGGGUGAUCUGGGCGUUUUUAAACGGCUUUCCAGAUUUUGAAGGUUCCGCAGGCCAUCACCUUUUCUUCCUUCCUCGACACUCUAUCCUCCUCUUCAACAUGACCAUCUGGGAUACACUCACAGGUCGGAAAUCAUCCACCACACAGUCCGCGCCUGCGCCGGAACCGCACGAUAACUUCGCGGCACCCGCCCCCUUCGAUCCCAAUACCGCCAUACAAAACCCUUCAGAUUUCGUUCUCGAUCCAACACAACUACAUCCCGCGGCUGGAAUCAACCAAGAUACCAUCGAUUACUUGUACCUCGAAGACAGUGCUCUCUCUGACCUCCCGGGGUCUCAAUCCGCACUUCCAUCUCGUGGGUGGUCGGACGAUCUUUGCUAUGGCACGGGAACUUCAUAUCUUACUGCGCUCACGGUAGGAGGAGCUUGGGGUCUUGCGGAGGGACUUCAGAAGAACCCAGCUACGAUGCCACCGAGGCUACGAUUGAACGGCGUUCUUAACGCCAUUACGAGGCGAGGUCCGUUUUUGGGGAACAGUGCCGGUGUGGUCGCCAUGGUAUACAACGGCAUCAACAGCACAAUCGGCUACUACAGAGGAAAGCAUGAUGUAACGAACUCUGUUCUGGCCGGUGCGGCAAGUGGCGCUAUCUUCAAAAGUACGAGGGGCCUUCGGCCAAUGGCUAUCAGUUCAGGAAUCGUUGCCGGUGUAGCAGGCACAUGGGCUGUCUUCCGACAGGUGUACUUUGAAAGCGACGACUAA